UUACAAAAGCUAGUGAUUUUAAAAAAUUUUAUUUGAAUGUUCAAAAAAUUACUUGUAUUAUGCAUUAAUUAUUUUUCUUGAAGUAAAUUCAAUUUUUGCUAUUCGCAAAAUGUAGUUUUAUUUAAUAUAAAAUCAAUUAUUAUGUCGACUUGAAUACUUGUAUAGCGGAAAACAGCGAAGAAAUCAUUGUUUUGAAAGUUUUGGAAUGUCAUGGUUGACCGUCAAAAAGAAUUUUUAACUUAUCGACUAUGUGAAAAACCAACAUCAAAAUAUUUUCAAAAACAUAGAAAAUUAAAGCAAGAUGUUAUUUUAAAUUCAGCGUUCAUUAUUGAAAAGGAAUGUGUGAAUUUGAAGACAAAAUUACUUGUUUAUGAUAAUCAAUUAAACAGUUUUGAUACAUUGAAAAGACCUUUUGACUGUCUUGUAAAUUUUUCAGGAAAACGACAGACAAAAACAAAGGUGUCCAUUUUAGCUGCUUCUUUAGGACUACAAAUUCAACAAGUUCAUAAUAACAUUAAAAAGUUUGAACAAGAAUCCACGCAGAAAGAAUUCUCAGAAACAGAACAAGAUUAUUAUAAAGGAAUUGUUGCUUAUUUUUUUGAUCAUUUUUUACAAUUGUCUUCGAAAUACAAAGAACUUGAAACAAAUCGUGUUUUAAGAGAAAGCUACCUGCAAAGACUCUUAACACCUAGCGGUUUCGAUGACCUUGAGAUUUUGCCCUGUAUUGGAAGAAGCAAAGGCUGCGAUGAACUUUAUGAUUCAAAAGUCGUUUAUUGCUUACCUUUUGUUGCGUCGCGUUGGUUAAAACCUUUGACACAAAAACCGAAUUUUUCAAAAAUAAAAGAGUUAAACCGAGUGAAAACAACGGCAAAACAAAAUAAAAACGUUGUGGAGACGUCGAUUGAUUUGAGUGCCAGUGAAACUACCUUUAAUAAUUCUUUGCAAUAUGACUAUCAACAACUUGUUGUAACCAAAGAAAAACGUAAUGCAACACAAAAACCUUUUCGAGAUGUUCUUCAAUCGUUAUCGGAUUUACAACAUUUGAUGGAUUCUUUUGUUACUGAAAUAGCAUCCCAAAGUGAUUUAUGUCAAACAAUCCAUGCGGUUGCGGAAGACAGUUUAGACAAUAUUCUUAAAGCUUCAAGUGAAUUGAAAAAAUUAAACGAUGGUUCAAAAAAUACGUAUCGUUUUUACUUGAUUUGGUAUUAUUUAUGCGUGUCGCUACUUUUGUUAUUUUGUGAUUUUUUCUUAUCAACACAUUGGAUUUAAUCUAAAAGUAAUCUACCAAUCUUUA